CUGAAUUUCAUAAUGGACCGCCCUACUUACGGUCUAGCCUCAUCCUCCGCUUGAAAUGGAUUGAAACCCCUCAGGUGAAGGGAGAAAUAUGGCAGCUUGCGAGAAUUACCCAGACUUAUUCAAGAAGCAUCUUGACAGGAAGUGUUGUUCGUCGUUGAGACAGUCCAUUGCUGAACGUCAUGUCAGUGCGCCUGCAUACUUCCGGGGCACACUAUAACUAGUGGGAUUGCCACGCGAGAUACGGCACUACCAGGCGGAGAAAGUCCGGAUUAAGAAGAGAAAAAAAGGAGAGCCGGCCAGGUCAUCACCAUGAUAUCCAGCAUGUUGGGACCUGUGAUGAGAAAGUUAUGCCUAGGUUGGGGAUUCCACUUAUACAAAACUGAUAGGGUCCUGCUUCGGGAACCCGUCCGGGGGUUUCCCCAUGGUGCAUUUUUUGGGGUACCCGACGAACUUCUCUCCCCUUGUAAGUUACCGGAGAGCAAAGGCUCGUCCGAGCGCCUCUGCCAACAGACAGAAAGUCUCGGCUUUCCGUUAUUUCCCCGCACUCCCCAGUCUCUCUACAACACAAGAGAUGCCGACUUCUAAUGCCAAGGUCGAAUAAUAAGCCCAAAGUCCCUCAGAAACUUAUCGACUCGCGAUCCUUUGUUCACCCCAGAUGUGUCUCUCCGCCAAAACUAUGUUCCACUUAAAAACACGUCGGACGGGGAACGUGGAGCUGGCCAGGGGGGCCGAAUUAUACACGAACUACACCCGGGCGCUAAAGCACGGUUGAGAUAGAAAAACCAGGUCAGAGCUAAUCAACUGCAACGGAGUAUGAUCUCAAGUCCGGAAAGCAAGUUCCAGUCAAUGCAGCGAAGAGCGACCACGGAUGGAUUCUCAUCAUGCAGAAGACGACAUUGUCGGCUACACAGCGCCAGGUGUCGCGCCAGAGCCACAAUCAACCAACGACGAGAAGACGGCAGUUUCAAUCAAAGGACAACACCUAGAGGAAGCUCCCAUUUCGCAGAACAACCUCGUAUAUGAUGAUGAUUUUGAGGAGCCAGAGAUUCAUCUUGUUGCUCUUCAAGGCCCUCCUGCAGUUCUCUCUUACAUCGGCACUGAUCUCAAUGGUACAAAAACACAGACCUGGGUGCCAAACGCACUUACUCUGAUGCAAGCUGUACUGGGGCCCGUUUUCGCCUCAGCUUUGGAUACAUUCCAAGCGCGAAAAACACUUCUCGUUGGCUCUUGCAUCGUUUCAUUCAUCGGCUCUGUAAUCGCACCAGGUUCUGGCAACAUAUACAGACUCAUCGUUGCACAAAUUCUGAUCGGAGUGGGGCUUCGGAGCAUCCGUGCCCCUUGGAUAUUGUGCUUUUACGAAGUCCAACAUGGCAGAUGGCUGGCACCGCCCAAGAGACAGACGAGGCUUGACCAUUUGUCCUUCUGGCAGAAGCUCCGCCACCUCGAUCUGCCAGGUUUUGCACUACUUACCAGCGGGUUAACUGUGUUCCUGGUAGGGGCAAAUCUAGGUGGCGGUUUGUACACCUGGAGAAACGUUCAUACCUUGGCGACUUUGAUCAUCGGUAUUGUCGUCCUCAUUGCGUUCGGCAUCUAUGAAUGGAAAGGUACCAGGACCGGUAUUCUACACCAUGAUUUGUUUCGAGGCGGAAAAGCAAGAGGCCGAUCGUUUGGAAUUUUGGUGGCCCUUAUAUUCAUCGAAGGUAUCUUGCUCUUCGCCUUCAUCAUCUUUUACCCAGUCAUGAGCUCUUCACUCUUUGAAACUGACCCAUUCAUUGUGGUUGCCCGUGCGAUGCCAUAUUGGGUCGCCGGUCUUUUCGCAACCGUAGUGUGGGGAUACACAAGUACCAGAUUGCAAAUGGUUCGCGAACCACUGUUCCUCGGCUUUUUACUGUACACCGCUGGUGCAGUCGGCCUUGCUACCGUCCAACCGAAUCAAUCAACCAAUCAACUUGUUAUGGCUCUCCGCUCAUUCUUAUUGUCGCCGGCGUUCAGUUGUCUACUCCACGGACUGAUUGCCACGGCUGUCACCACCUCAUCUAGAGCAAUUGCUGCAGCAAUAUUUACUGCCAUUUACGCAGCAGCCUUCGACGCCGGCAUUGCAAAAAAGCUUCCUGGGUACGUCGCAAAGGCAGCUGGCGUGGCGGGCCUUCCCGCCUCGUCCAUUCCAGCUUUUGUUGAAGCGCUUGCAUCUAGUGAGACAGGGAAACUUGCCAACAUUCCUGGAGUCUCCCCGGCAAUAAUUGCGCAAGGGGUUGCGGCGCUGAAGCACGCUUUCGCGGACUCAUUGUGGAUUGUAUACAUUAUUGCAACGCCCUCUGGUGCUUUGGCUUGUACUGGCUGUCUAUUCUUGGGUGACAUGCGCAAGACAAUGAAUUAUCAUGUCGAUGCGCCCGUCGAGGAACUUCAUGCUAAGCAUCACCACGAGGAGUUAAAUAAAGCAGCAUAA